AUGGCUUGUUCAAUACUAAAGGCUAGUAAACUUUUGUCUUUAAAGGAUUUUCCCUGGAGUGGACGUACUCUCAGUAACUGUGCUGUGGUUGGGAGUGGAGGGAUUCUGAAGAACAGUAGCUGUGGAAGAGAGAUCGACACUGCAGACUUUGUUAUCAGGUUUAACAUGGCUCCCAUUAAUGACAGUGAUGUUGGGCUAAAGACUGAUUUAGUUACCAUUAAUCCCUCUCAGCUCUUACGCUACAAAAAUUUGAAGUCUAACCCAGGUCCAUUAGUGGAGCGUGUGAGUGUGUAUGGAAACUCCUUACUGAUCAUUUCAGCGUUUAAUUUAGCAUCCGGCACUCGGCUUUCCGUCAAUGCGUUCAAAGUGCUCCAGCCAAUCAGACCCCAACAACAGAUGGUCUUCUUUUCCUCCAGUUACAUGAAGAACCUGGGUUAUUUCUGGAAGAGGCAGGGCCUGAAAGGCGUUCACCUUUCCAGCGGGUUCAGGUUAAUUAAUGUGGCGCUAGAGCUGUGUGACCACGUGCACGUUUAUGGAUUUUGGCCAUUUGGCACCAAUCUGGAGCAGCAGGAACUUACACAUCACUAUUUCGACAAUGUAGGACCCAAACGUGGUGUUCACGCAAUGCCAAAAGAGUUUCUCAACUUACUGAAGCUUCACAGCCAGGGGGCGCUAACACUGCACCUACAGCCCUGCUUAUAACAGAGGUUCUCCUGUUGCUGAUUUCUGUUACUGUAUUAUUUAAUGGUUGGUUGGUGAGGGGGGUUGCUGUGAAUGUUUUUGACCUUUGGUCUGCUCUUUGGUGUAUAAAACUAUUUAAAUAUUUUCUAUUUUCUAUCUUGGACAAUAAACUCCUAUAUAUUUAAAUAAAUACGUUUGGGGUUAUCUUCUUUUGCGGAGUUUAUGCUUCACCCUGGGUUAAUAAUGAUUCCUGUGUGUGUUUAGAGUUUAUUAUUUC